GUGGGUUUUCUGAAGCUCGAGUGCGUCUCUUAAUUUCGGAUGAAGGGAACGAGAAGGGAGGGAGAGGAGAUUUUAAUCACUCCUGUCGCUUUAAGGACACAUAUCAAAGCCUUAUUAUGCGAAUUGAAAAUACCAUGAGCCAGUGAGCCAACUGAGCAGCCAGGGGGACGGACUGGAGUGGAUUUAUAGGGGAAACUCAACAUUAUCUGAGCUGGAAGAGACCGCUUCAUCGCCUUGUGGAGUUUGAUUUCACACUGGAUGGUUGGUUUAUUCGGACGGCUCGGGUCAUUUUUUUUUUUCUUUCCUCCUUGGUGGAAAUAUUGCGCAGAAGUACAGCUCUCUCAGACUUGGGAUUCUUUACCCCCUGAAGCGAGGAGGAGGAAUAUCACUUAAAAACUCAACGCGUCGCGUGCGGGGAUUAUUCGCCACACUCGUACGUUGUUGUUUCGGACGGAUAGUAUCCCGCGAGCUCCCUCUCUGGAUCUGACAGCCCUGGAUCAUGGGUUGGGGUGGUGGAAAAGAACAACGGCCAGCGACAUGAUUCCUCUACGCUGUCUGCGGUACGCUGCGUGGUCAGGCUCGAACAUCGCUGGCUAUGAUUCCCGUGCAACAAAAGUUGCGAGGCGGCUGUAAUGCGCGGAUUUUUCCACAGUUUGCCCGUUUUGCACCUGCUUUUACGGACGCCGCGUCGACACUGUGCGGAUUCGUGACGGAAAAGCGUGCGUAUCCGCGCCGCUUCGCCCGCUCCCUCGCCGACUGUGCGGGAUACUUGAACAUUUGCCUCGCCGUAGUGGAAAUCGGGGGGGUUUGUACUCAAGGUCACUGAGUGUUUUCAGGCGUUAUUUGCCUUCCCAUCCACACUAGCGCACACAGACGCCUUCGCGAACACACACACACAUAUACACUCGAGCGCACGCGCACAUGCUCGCGCACGCGUACUUGCUCACGCACGCGCGCGGCGCUAUCCGCACGUUAUAGCGCAGCCUCUAAUUCUCAGUCCAGUGUGUGUUAUUUGUUAUUAUACGGUUCCGCGAGUCUGUGGGCGUGCACGUCCUGUGGAGUUUUUUUCCCCCUCCUCUUCUUCUUCUUUUUCCUUUUUUUUUCUGUUAUUUUGACACUGCAUGCAAGCUCUUUCCAAUAACAUGGAUGGGAAACUGAAGCAGGGUCGGAGAUGCCGGGCCAAGCGAGAGAGGGUGCGGAGGUUGCGGGAGCCGGGGAGCAAAGACGCCCGCAGCCCCGAGCCCAACUCCUCCUGUUCUGACAGGGAGGGACAGAGUCCCGGGAGAGACGCCGCCUCCCCGGCCGCUAAAAAGACGCCUCACCCCGCAGCCGCAGCCAGAGCCCCGCGCCCCCCUCGGAGGAAGAGACGGGAGUCCAGCUCGCAGGAGGAGGAUAUCAUUGAUGGAUUUGCUAUUGCCAGCUUCAUCAGCCUGGAACGUCUGGAGAAGAAGACCGGUGUCAUGAAGAAGGAGACGAAGGAGUGGUGGAAGGAGAAGAAGACGGCAAAGCGGCAAAAGCAGGAAGACGAGGACAAGGAGGAGGAGGAGGAGAAUGUCCAGCCGGCAGUGGACCCUCUGGAGAACGGCUUCCUGCACCACGCCCAGCGGGAGCAGGAGAGGAUGAACGAGAGGCUGCUGAAGAAGACGUACUCCAAGAAGAACAAAACGGUAAGCGUCUACUUCUGGGUUGUAUGGCUCCAGUCUGGCCCACUUGAACAGAGGCCAGGCAAGGUCUAAAGUGUUGGCUGUGGGUAGAGGAGAGGUCUGACGGGGAGAGAGUGUUGCCUUUUUUUAUUUUUAACCCUUUAAGAUUUAUGAGUGAAUUUACUGACCUUUCACUCUUUGCUGUCUUAUGUGACUCUUUAGUAGGAUGUUUCGUCAGUAGUUGUUGCAAGGAUGUUAUAUCACAUUUCUGGUUUGCAAUCUGCAGACUUUUUUUAUUUGAUGGGUGCUUGUGCUUACAUUUUCUGGAGUGGUCAGUAAGGUCAGUAUGUUGAAUAAACCAUCUUUCUUUGCAAUUUAAAGUUCCAUUUACUUUCAGGUGAACUUUCACACUUGUGUUCAGUUACUGGCAGUUUUUAACAGGCUGUCAACAAAUAUAGCCAUAUAUGUUAUAUUUAUCCCUAUCAACUUUGAUCAGCUUCCCUAUUCAAUGGAAAGCAUCCCCCACAGCAUGAUGCGUCCACUGCCAUGUCUCACAGUGGGGUUGCUUUGUUCAGGAUGUUAGUUUUCAGUCAUCGUUAGUGUUUCCUAUGUUGACUAAAAAAGAUUCUGGUCACAUCUGACCACAGCACCUUAGUCCAUAUGUUUGCUAUGUUCCCUACAUGGCUUGUAGAAAACCUUAAAUACAGUGCACCCCAAAUACUGCGGUUCAGUAUUUGCAGAUUCAAUUACUCACAGAUAUGUACUGUGGAGUUUAACUCCAAAUUAUUCACACAAAAUUUGCCUGUUUGCUGAUCUUUUGUAGAGCAUAUGAAAAAAAUCCAGCUUGGAAAACUGAAUUACCUCAGUGCAAUGCUAAUUAACACUCUAUUGGCUGGUGUUUGCUAAACAGCCAAUCCCUGCAGACCAGUCAUUUACUUUGGCACUGAUUGGCUGUACCUUCAAGAGGAGCAAUAAGGAAGAGUGCAGAGACGGUUUCCACUGUUCACAUUCAUUUAUAUUAAGGUAUAUUUGGUGUUUGAUUUCUGAAAAAUAAGCACUUAUGUUUGUUUUUAGCGCUGGCCUCUAAUACUUGUGGAUUUUAAGCUAUUCGUGGGCGGCCGUGGUACCCAUCCCCCUGCAAACACUGGACAUCCACCACACUUGUUAUUGACUUUCUUUCAACAAUGAACUUCCUCUGAAGUUCAAAGGGUACGAACAUUUUUGACAGGCCUUGUAAAUGUGUCCUGAUAAAAUGGGUGUUUUGGGAGUGUACUCCUCUGCUCAUUUAACUUAAUAAAACAAAAGAAGGAAACAGAUGAGAUUGACUGGACAGUCGCAUUGAUGGGGGGGAAAUCAGGCACACAGCAGUUUUGUUCUGUCAUUAAGAAGAACCCUGUAAAAUGUUUGUUUACCGCUGAGCCACUGGCUUCCAGAACUGUUUGUCUUUCAUGAACAAACUGAUAGUUUGCUGCCUUCAGGUGGGUUUCCACUCCAAUCCCAUCCCUAUUUUCCGUCCCUGCAUAAGUGGCUUUCUGCUUGUGCCGAUAGAGGACUGCCAAUAUCCUAAGCUUUAAGCACACUGCUGAGCCCACCAAGUCUGAGUCUGUCCCACUGAGAUAGCUCAUUUAUGUGUUAACAGUUUGUUUAAAUGGCGGAUGUUUUUAUGCUCUUGUCCGAAGCCAACAUCCACUAUAGGGCUGUUGAGGAUAAGAGGGGAAACAUAGUCAGGAAGCCAAAGCAAAUAAUGAGGCAAUGUAGCCCAGAGGCCUCCACCACAGACGAAAAUAUCUCUCUCAGAUAAGAUUUCCUGAGGAAGUUAACAUGGCUGAAAACGUGUUUUGGCUGUGAUACUUAGUUUGCUGAGAAAGUAUGCGUUUAACUUGCUGCUCUCUCAUCCAGCGUGCAACGAAGCUUCAGCUACUGUAAAACCACAGCCCACUGCAACUUCUGCCAUUCUGAAUUUUAUGUUUUAGAGUCACUUAUGUUUUAGAUGUAAACACGAUCAAAUAAAAGAAUACUUGCUAAACAGUUCCUACAGGAAUCCACUU